GGAGAGCAAGGGGGGGGGGUGUUGCUGUUAGCUUGACGGCUGAGUCCGACCACCGUGUCAGCUGCGAAUAACUUUAAAUUAUACGGUAAGAACAACAGCCACGAUGGCCCCUUUCCCGUAUGCUGGUUAAGAUGUUAAUAACGUUGUGCUACGUCUACAUGUGGGUGCGCUUUCAUAAGUGCUACUCGGUCCUGAUCCGCAACGGUCUCGCUAGACUGAACAGCAGCCGCUUCAGUUUCAGCUUCAGUGUCUGCUCCAGCUCGGCCUCAGCACCAGCCACAGCACAGCCGGCUGGAUGCCACGCAGACGUACGUCGGUAUCCCAGCCCGCUUCCACCCGAGGACAUCGUCUUCCUCCAGCUGGGAGACAAGGCCGUCUAUGUCACGGAACCUCAGGCAUGUGAUGACCUCAGCAAAUGGACUGUGCUGUUUGGGUCCGCUCUGGUUUGUGGUCCACAAGUAGAGAAUAUUUCAUUCAUCAUAGAAGCUACAGGACACAGAGUUGGCUACCAUUCCUGUCACACAUCGAAUAAGAAAGUGCUGAAGUGGUCUGACUACUGUCUUCCUCUGGCCUUUAGCCCUGAUCAGCCAUUCAGGGCGGUGGCACAGGCCACUGUAGAUAACUUCAGUCGGCUGGGAGUUGCUUUUAUUGAAGACCGCCUUCAGCUAGACAACGGACUUAUGCCUUCAAAGAUAAUCCCUGUUGUCCUCCAAAAAUCCACUCUCAGUGAGCUGUUGGAGAAGCAGUGUCCACAGAGCCAAAAGACUGUUACAUCACUAUGGCUCUGCAGCAACCAGACUGAAGAGGAUGUCCUUGAGUCUUUACCUUGUAACCUGUUCGCUGACCACCAGCACCCACAAUGCCGUAAAGGCAGCCUUCUCCUCACCCUGGAGGCCAAGAGGAGGAUUGAGGAAAGACGAGGGUCAGAGCCGCUCCACAGCACCCAGGAUCUCGGACAUGUUGGUUACUCGGAAGACCAUUCAUUGGGGAAUCAUCACCACAUGGAGAGCCAUGGACACCACCUCCAUCUGUCCAGCUGCCAUGAAUGUUUGGAGAUGGAGAACAGCACCAUCCUCUCUGUCAAAUACGCCUCAGCUGAGAACAUUCCAGACCUUCCUGAUGAUAACUCUGUAGAGCUGGAUAGUGGGGCUGAGAGUCUGGAUGAACUUCAGCAUGAUGCUGAAGGGUUUUUUGGUCAAUACGAUGGAUUUGACUGUAAUAGCAAACCGCCAAAUGUUCUGGUGUACACAAAUGGUUGCCAGGAGCGUUUUCAAGCAGUUCGUCAGCUUUUAUCAGAGUGUAUAAACAUGGAAAACAACAUAAUAUAUCCCCUCCAACCACAGCAGGCUCUGAGCGAUCCAUGGCUGGACAACACCAGGCUCCUGGUACUGGCAGAGGAGGAAACCCUGACCCCUGCGCUUCAGACCCGCUUUCUUUCCUACCUGAGCCAGGGUGGCAGGGUCUUGGGGCUAGCCUCUACCCUGUGCCCUGCAGGCCUCUGUCUGGAAGUCAGGGAGAGGCGGAAAAAGCAGGUCAGCAGGCUGAGCUUCACAAAGGAAGAUAGCACAGAGCUCGAACUGAGCGUGUUGGCGAGUGGGAAAGUCUACAUCAGGGAUACACAGGGAGGAGGGGAAGUCGAGCUCUGGGGGGAGCUGAGAGGGGAUGUCUCUGAUCAGAGGGAUAUGGUUAUCGUCAGGGUAACCCAUGGAGGGGAUGGUGGGGAAGCUGUCCUCUGUCAGGUCCACCUGGAAAUUGCCCCUGAGAAUUUGACAUCAGAAGGUUUUGAUGAAUUGAAGGUCAGCAAUGCACUGCGUUAUGAAGUCCUGACAGAGAUUCUCAUCUCUCUGGGACUCAGCUGUGAAUUAAACAAUACUCCACCCCCAAGCCCAAUCCACUUGCUGGCCACCUGUCAGAAGUCCAAGGCCAGAUUCCUGAAGUGGCUGGAGACACAAGGAGAUCAAAAUGGCCUCCUCACAUUGUCCAAGCCACCCUUGAGAAUGGUGUCCUCUUCUGAGCUCCAGGAUGGUCCUUUGCUGCCUGAGGGCUCUCUGGGCCUGCUCACCGACUCUUCAGAGUCCCAGAGCUGGGCGCAGUUCAGUAUGGAGACCUACAGGAAGAACCUGAAGACCAGCCUACUGGGGCAUACCCUGCUGUACACUGACAUGGUCACGUCUACAAUGGACCUGUUAGAAGGGCUGACUCUGCACUUACCAAAGGAUGUGGGUUUAAUAGCAGUAGCUGGUCGACAAAGCCAGGGAAGAGGUCGGGGCAGGAACACCUGGCUCAGCCCUCUAGGUUGUGCCAUGUUCACUCUGAGUGUCCAAGUUGAACUGAGCUCCAUGCUCGGACAGAAGAUUCCCUUCCUUCAGCAUCUGGCUGCUCUGGCGGUGGUGGAGGCUGUUCGCACACUGCCUGGAUACCAGGACAUAGACCUGAGAGUAAAGUGGCCCAAUGACAUCUACUACAGUAACCUGAUGAAGCUCGGGGGAGUACUGGUGACUUCCACUGUAAUAGGAUCAACCUUUCAUCUGCUCAUAGGCUGUGGGUUCAAUGUGACAAACAGCAACCCAACAGUAUGCAUAAAUGACCUGAUCCAGCAGUACAACAUACAGCAUAAGUGCAGUCUGCAGCCGCUCAGCUGCAGCCAGCUCAUUGCUCGCACUGUCAGCUGUCUGGAGAUCCUCAUCAGCAGCUUCCAACAAAGAGGCCCGGACGCUGUCCUGCCCACCUACUAUAAGAGAUGGAUUCACAGUGGGACCCAGGUGCAUCUCUGGAGUGAGGACGGACUGAAGGCUGAGGUGGUGGGUCUGGACCACAACGGCUUCCUCCAAGUGCACAGCAAGGAGCAUGGCGUGAUCUCAGUGGAGCCUGAUGGAAACUCCUUUGACAUGCUGAAGAACCUGGUGGUCAUCAAGCAGCGUUAGGACCAAACUCAACAAGCUACAGAAUCAUCAUCUCUUUCAACACAUUUAUUUUGAUUAAUAUAUCACUAAAUAAGUUACUUGUUUAGAGUGGAUUUUUGUUUAGCUUCUCCUUAUGUUAAUCUGGUAUACAGUAUUUUUUAAUUGGUUUGGGUAAUUUGUUGGAAGACAACUGAUGAUAACUGGGUUUAAAGGUUGUUACAUACAAGUGAUAUCUGCAUCAGUGAUGGGUCACUAGCGCAAUCAUCAGUUUGAUUAUGAACUACUGGUUAGGGACAAACUUGUACUAAUUUCUGGGAACAAUAAAUCUUAAACUCAUCAUCUGAACAUCUAACCUGAUUUCACGGUUGAGAACACUGAUCAUUUCAGCUUUUGUUGUUUCAAAUUUCAGCAAAAUAAAGAUUCCCACAGAAA